CUCCCUGCAGGCUGCGUCGCGUGGCCGGCCUUGACGUCAUCUCCCCGCGCGGCCCGGGUGGGUCGGGGGCGAGCAGGAUGCUGAGCCGCCUGCAGGAGCUGCGCAAGGAGGAGGAGACGCUGCUGCGGGUCAAGGCGGCGCUCCACGACCAACUCAACCGCCUCAAGGUAGAAGAGUUGGCCCUGCAGUCCAUGAUCAGUGCCGGGGAAGGGGAUGUCACCGUCUCGUCAGCUGCUGUGAUGGAGGAACAUCCAAACAUGGACAAUGAAGAUGCUAUCAAUCAGACUGAACUGCAGCUGCAGAUGCACACCAGUCAAGCAGAGGAAGAGGAGGAGGAGGAAGAGGAAGAAUCUGAUUCCUAAGUGAAACACACAAAACUACUAACUACCUUUUCAGCCCAGUCUCAGGAACUUCCCUGUCCACCGUGCAAGCAAAACAGUUCAUCAGACUUUGCUUGGUGCUACAGAGACCAAACACCACUCACAAAUGCAGCUCUGUUACAUCUCCCAGAAGCGGUGAUAAACUAUGGGUGUGAGCGAGAGCUUUGGGAGAAGGCAAGAAGUUGAUGCAUAAUUAUGUAGCAUGAGUCCUUUUUUAAACAAUAGCAACAAUAACGACAAAAAAGCAAAUCCAACUUAGAGCCAAGUAGCAUUUGGGAGAUGCUGCAUGCAACUCUCAAGGCAAUAACCUGUCCGUCAGGGCAUCCUCCUGCUGGUUAAAAUGGUUGGAUUGUCACUAGCUGAGGGCACUGCUGAGUUCAUCAGGGUGUGCUUUGUGAAGGGAGGGAGGGUGCUUGCUCUGCGCAUGGAGCCCUUUGGUGCAUUUGCUGUGGCAGUAGGCAAGAGCGGCUGCUGACGUAGGAGGCACCUGCCUGGCCAUCUUUAGCUCAUACUGUGAACCUGAACAUUUUAUAGAAUACCUACAAGUAGUGAAAGGAAACCCUCUGAAACCCCCGACCUCCCCUCUCCUCUUCUGAAGGAGGCAGAGGGAAUGUUGGUCCUCGCAACAAAUACCAAACGAAAUGUGUAUUUGUGUAUCUUCAGCUUUGCUGAAUGGAAAUGGAGCUUCUGGUACUCCCAUGGCCAGCAGUUUCUGGCUGUGAAUUUGGGGGCCAAACUACAGAAUGUGAUUUGUUGGAAUAAGCCCUGCUGUCUUCUGGCUGGAAGUCAAGUCCUGUUGUGAUGGAGUAGGGAGCAGGGUGCACACCUCCUGCCUUGAGGCAAAGCCGUUGUGGCCACAACUAUAGGUCCUUGCAAGCUGGGGGCGCCUUUGGACAGCCUUCCAUGCGCCGUGUGCUUGCCAAGGAGACAACUGUUGCUCCUUCCAGCCUCCUUGCCAUGGCAGCGGCAGCCCUGGGUUCUCCUGCUAAAAGGAGCAAGAUGGUCAUGGCCCUGGCGGCCUCCUUCCACGCUUUCUCUAACCUCCGUUGUUUUUCCUUAUACUUCCACCUCCCAAGUGCAAGAAUUAGGGCUCAAGGCAGGAGUGGGCUUGCCACUCUGGGGAGUUUGCUUGAGGGUCCUGCUCAGGAGCUGGGAGACGGGGUGGGGGGGACAUUCUCAGCACCACCAGGCUGCAGUCUGUUAGGACCUCAAGCUCAGGUUGCCGAGGAACAUCCGCUGGGAUGAGUCUGGACUAGGAAGGGUGGGGCUGAUUCCAGCUCCAUGGCCGUGCAAUGGAGCUGCUUGAACUGUAGGGGGCCCUCUUCCCUGGGGCUGGGGGAAAGGGUACCGCUGGAGGGGGAGCUUGACAGAGAGGAUGCUGGGAGCUUGGCGGGGGGGGGGGGGGAGGCUGAAGAGGCAAACCCUGGUAGCCCAAAGGCCUUGAAUCCAUUGUGUCACCAACCAACAGCAAUUGAUGUUAACUGUAAAACAAACAGACAUAAGUGGAUUCCCUGAUGUAACUUCAUACUAUAUUUAUUAGUGUAAGAUGAAAUUGUUCCACAUCUGAAAGAAUAAAAAGGAUUUUCAAACACAAAA